AUGUUCGGGCGUCUUGGUGGCAAUACACUCCGGUGCGCUGCGCGCAGCCCCGUGGUGCGGCGGAGGUUCUGGGAGCGCAGCUUUUCAUCGCAUAUACCGUCCCCAACAGGUACAACUGCUCCUUCAAGUGCGUCACCGCUAGGAAGUAUUACGACGGAGCUGGAUCGGAUAUCGCCAUGCUUUGAGGUUCCCGCGUCGCGGAUAUCCAUUCUGGACUCUCCUGCGAGUUUUUAUUCUACGCUCAAGAAAAAAAUCCGAAAAGCUCGAAAACGCAUCUUCCUUUCUACGUUAUAUAUCGGCAAAACGGAAUAUGAAUUGAUUCAAACCAUCAACCAAGCUCUUCGCGACAACCCCGAUCUGCGAGUCUCGAUCCUCACCGAUGCUUUGCGAGGGACUCGAGAGUCGCCGAACCCCUCGUGUGCUUCUCUUCUAGCGUCACUAGUCGCAGAACAUGGACCGGACCGGGUCGAUAUUCGGAUGUUUCAUACACCGAAUUUGACUGGGUUGCGGAAGAGAUGGAUUCCUCGACGGAUAAAUGAGGGCUGGGGGCUGCAGCAUAUGAAGCUAUACGGUUUCGACGACGAAAUUAUUCUCUCUGGGGCAAACCUCUCAAAUGACUAUUUCACGAAUCGGUUAGAUCGUUAUCAUGUGUUCAACUCGAAGGAAUUGGCUGAUUACUAUGCGCGCAUUCACGAUGCAGUCUGCAGCCUCAGCUUUAAAGUCCUUCACGAUCCUCACAAUAAGGCCGGAUACGUUCUCCAGUGGCCUAGUGCUAAUAGUGCUUGUUCUCCUCUCGAUGACCCAGAAAACUUUAUUGGCUAUGCUUCAACAGUCUUGAAACCAAUCAUCCAGCCGUCGGUCAGGAAUGCGGUCCUCGAACCCAAAUCCUCCAAUCAAACAUUCGUAUACCCAGUAGCUCAGUUCACACCUCUGCUGAAGCCCGACACCUCCACCGAAUUUCCUGCCGUUACAACAAUUUUACGGCUCCUCUCCAGUUCACCAGCGUUUUCUGGCGCCCAAUGGCUCUUCACUGCGGGCUACUUCAACAUCCAUCCCGUUCUCUCGUCCCUCCUGAUAGCAAGCACCUCCCCAUCCACCGCCCAAGCAUCCUCAACAACUCGCGGCACCGUUCUAACCGCUUCACCCUGGGCAAACGGCUUCUACGGCUCCCCAGGUAUAUCUGGCAUGCUCCCAGCAGCAUACACCCAUCUCUCAGCCCGUUUUCUCGACCGAGUCGCCGCCACGCAGGCGACGAACUUCAUCGAACUAAAAGAAUGGCGCCGUGGCACAGUCGGUGAACCAGGUGGCUGGACUUACCACGCCAAAGGACUUUGGGUCACAUUACCGGAAGAAGAGAACCCUAGCCUGACCUUUGUUGGAAGCAGCAAUUACACAAAACGCAGUUACGGUCUGGAUCUAGAGGUUGGGGCACUGGUAGUUACCGGGGAUGAGGAAUUGAAGAGGAGGUUGAAGGCUGAAACGGAUUGGUUGCAGACCGAUGCAAUUGCCAUAUCAAGAGAUGAUUUGAGAAGGACGGAGAGGAGAGUUAGGUGGAAUGUUAGGUUGGCGAUGUGGAUUGUUGAGAAAGUUGGGGGUGCUUUAUGA